ACUUAAUUACUUAUUUCUGGGCAUUUCUAGACCACUUGCCAUCCAGAUCUCAGGGUGGGUUUACAAAAUUUUAAAACAACAACACUAUGCACACUAAAUCAAUUUGAGCACUGUUAAAAUUACCAGCCACUGUUGGUUAAACCACAGAGCCUAGGGCUUGCCGAUCAGAAGGUCGACGGUUUGAAUUCCCAUGACAGGGUGAGGUCCUGUUGUUCAGUCCCUGCUCCUACCAACCUAGCAGUUCAAAAGCAUGAACUGCAAGUAGAUAAAUAGGUACCGCUCCGGCGGGAAGGUAAACGGCGUUUCUGUGUGCUGCUCUGGUUCACCAGAAGUGGCUUUGUCAUGCUGGCCACAUGACCCAGAAGCUGUCUGCGGACAAACGCCGGCUCCUUCGGCCUAUAGAGUGAGAUGAGCGUGCAACCCCAGAGUCGUCUGCGACUGGACCUAACGGCCAGGGAUACCUUUACCGUUAAGAUUACCAGUACAAAACGUAACAGCAGUCAUCCCUAAAAUGUCUGGGCAAAUUAACAGUUCUUAGCUCAGUGACUCCAGGUUCAAAACUCCCUCCCCAGGGAAGGAUGUAAAGCCCCUUCAGUAAGUAUUUUCUUGGUUUGCUCAAUGUUGGUUGCUUUUUGUGCUGAGAUUUCUAUAUACAGUAAUGAGAUUAAAGUACUAAGCAAUCACAGCCCGACCAAGUAGCUGAUUGCUCUUUAAAGCUGGAUUAGCAAUUGAUCCAGAAAAUGAGGAAAACAAUGCAGAGCAGGAUCACUGGUGGAAUGUAUGCAUGGGCUAUGGGUAUAGCCAGGAUUUUUGUUUGGGGGGGGGCAAUAAAUAAAUUGGUUGUUGUUUUAAGAUAGCUUUCACCCAACAAGUUUUGGGCUGCAACCCUUACAAGCCCCAGCCAGCAUUAACUUAACAUAUAUGCUAAUAGAAUCUGAACUGGUGGUGAACGAUCAGAAAAAGAGAUCCUGGGGCCAGUGUGCGGCAACUGCGAAAAAGGCAAAUUCCACGUGAAGGAUUAUUAGGAAAGGAAAUGAGAACAAAUUGCCGGUAUCAUUAUGUUAAACAUACCCAUGGAGCUGUGUCACACAGAAUACUGUCCAUGUAGUCAUGCAAUUGAGAGGAGAGGUGGGUGCAAAUAAAAAGAACUGGAAUGAUCCUAAGAUUUAUGUUGCCAGCAGAUUUUUUUAAAAACCCUAACAAGCUAUGGUCUGCACUGCUUAGGAGAAAAUGCAAGGACAGCAAACACUGCAGAAGACGAGGGAGCCCAGUUUUUGAAUUCAAGGCAGCUCAACUCCCAGAUUUUGUUACGCGCCGGAACAGAUACGGUUUAAGAACUGGGAGGUUCCAUUUCCCAGCGCUACUAACCAUUCCUCUUAUUUGCCACUCUGUGCCAGAGCUUGAGUUAUUGUUUUUAGAAAAUGCACAGCUUGCCUACACUCAAAGAUACCCCCUCUGAAAAAAGAAAAAAAAACCCGGGACAGUUUUGCAUAGGUGAGAAGGGGAAAAUAACCUAAGGGCAUGCUGGGACGUGUAGUUCCUUCGACCAGCAAUGCAUGCUGGGAGCCUUGCCGCUCGUCGACGCAGAUGCAUGAUGGGAACAGUAGUUUUCUAGGCUGCAAAGGUAGUGCAUUGGGGUUUGCGUGUGUGUUUGCAUCGGGAACAACGGGGUUUUGCCAUUGGUCGUGGCUGCAUCGUGUGCUUCGGACCUUCCUUUGGGUUGGCUGGAGAGAGAUCUCCGCUGCGAUCUGGCUGAAAGACCCAGCUUGUGGGUUCCUUAGGACGUAUCCAGGGUUUCUGAAUGAAGACUAUUGCAGGUAAAAGGGACGGAAACAGAGAGCAGGCAUGGUUUAAAUUGGAGUCCUGAAGUCUCUGACGUUGAUGCAAAUAUUUGCUGUUUCCUAGAAGAUGCUGGGAGACCGGGAGCUGUCGGAUCUCAAGGGAGAUCUUUACAAGGACCUCGCAUUUCCAGCUAACGACGACUCUCUCUUUUUUAACUACUCGACUCCGUUGGCUCAUUUCAGGGGGGAGAUUUGUUGGCUGAGACCUCAGGAGAUUUGUUCUACACCUCGAUUAUUUUCCGACAAUCAAUAUGAGUGGCAAGUCAAGCAAGGGAUGCUGGGAGACUGCUGGUUCCUGUGUGCCUGCGCUGCUUUGCAGAAGAGUAAAUACCUGUUGGCCAAGGUGAUACCUCUGGGUCAGCCCAGCUGGAGAGAUGAGAAAUACAGAGGCUGUUUCACUUGCCGGGUCUGGCAAUUUGGGCACUGGGUGGAGGUCACCAUAGAUGACCGCCUGCCUUGCCUGGGGGGCAAACUCUGCUUCUCGCAGUGCCAGACAGAAGAUGUGUUUUGGCUCCCUCUGCUGGAAAAGGCCUACGCCAAGGUGCAUGGAUCUUACGAACAGCUCUGGGCAGGCCAGGUUGCUGACGCUCUUGUGGAUCUGACAGGAGGCCUAGCUGAGAGGUGGUCCCUAAAAGACCCAGGCCGGAGCACAGAAAGGGAGAGGGCAGGCAAAGUUUUGGAGAAGGCGGUGUUUAGGAGACUGAUGAACUUGAAAGAGAAAUGUGUAAUGAGCUGCUCUGUCUUCAGCUCACGCCAAGGUACCAGCGAACUGGGGGAGUUCCACGCCUUCAUCGUCGUUGACAUGCAGGACCUCUCCAAAGUGUCCCGGAAGGAGAUCAUCCUGCUGCGGAUCCGUAACCCCUGGGGGAGACGUUGCUGGAAAGGGCCCUGGAGGGAGGGUGGUCCAGGGUGGAGUCAACUGGACCCCGUGGUUGCUGCAGAGCUGUUGUCCCAGAUCCAAGAAGGAGAAUUUUGGGUCGAAGAGGAGGAGUUCUUUGCGGAAUUUGAUGAGAUCAUAACCGGUUACCCAAUUACUGAAGAAGGACAGCUUCAGAGCCUUUACACCGACAGAGUGCUGAGCCACACUCAGAAGCUGUAUGGGUCCUGGGUGAGGGGCCAGUCUGCAGGUGGUUGCCGCAACAACAGCACCUUCCCCACGAACCCCAAGUUCUGGCUGAGGGUCUUUGAGCAGAGCGAGGUGUGCAUUGCCCUCCUGCAGAAACACCGCAAGCACAGCACCGACUGGGCGGGCAGGAUCCGCAACUGGCCCCGCUUAGUGGAAGCGGAUCCUGCUUUAAACGAUGGCAUCCGAGGCAAAAAUUACCACGCGGUGGGACUCCACAUAUGGAAGGUCGAAAAGAAACAGUUCAGCCUCCCAAAGACGCUCUCUGCUCCUCCAGUUUCCAGCACCGUUUGCCACUCCUACAACCGAGAGGUGCACCUGCAUUGUGACCUGCCUCCUGGCUAUUACCUGGUCAUCCCCAGCACCUUCCUGAACGAUGCUGAGGGCAACUUCCUGCUUCGGGUCUUCUCCAGUGGAAGAAUCUCCCUCAGUGAGAUAAAACUCCCGUCGCCCGACAACGCCAUCCGCGAAGAGCUCCCGGGGGGCGAGUGGGACACAGCCCGGCUGGAGGGCUGCUGGAGGAAAGGCCAGAACGCCGGCGGCAGCCGCAACUUCCCAUCCUUCCACACCAACCCCUGCUUCCCUUUCUCCAUCCCCGCAGGCGUGGGGCAGAGCAGCAUCAAGAUUGCCCUCCGCCAGCACUGCCCAGAUAACAAGUGCCGCCCAAUAGGGUUUCACAUCUUCCAGGUCCCCAGUGACAACAACAAUGUGAAAAUGCCUUCCUCUUCCUUCCUGCACAUGGAGCCAGUGGUCAGCUGUGUGCCCCAUUGCUACUCGCAGGAAGUAAGCCAGCUGUGCCGCCUCCCUUCAGGGAAUUACGCCAUUGUUCCUUCUACGUAUUUGCCAGAUACAGAAGGCAGCUUCACGGUGAUCGUAGCUACCAAAAUAGACAGGAAGAGCAUUCGGAGCAAGGAGACCUUGGGGCAAAGGCUGCAAGAGGUCUCCUUCAAAGCUGUGAUGAAAAUGUAAUUUGAAAUUGGCACACCCAGCAAGGGAGGAAGUGUCCGGGCGCCUUGGGAAAGGCAAUACUGUUUUUUGCUUUAACCUCAAACGAUCCAAAUGGAUGUUGGGCCCAACUGGGUUUCCCCCCCGGGCAGAGUCGCAUCUGGUCCUCUUAGCCACCCUCUCUUUAAAAUCAAAUCGGACGAAAUCUCACCUCCAAUGCCUCUUCUAUUUGUUUGUUUCAAAUUCCCCCAUAUGAACUGUGUCGCGAUCCAUGGACUUUGCUCGGUCUACUUUGUUAAUUGCCCUCCCCCUGCCUCUAAAUAUCGGCGGAAAGGUACCGCUGUGCAUGUGCCGUGUUCAAAUCCGUUCUAAUUCUGUGGUGGUGAGACUUUUGCCCUGUGUGUGUGUGUGUAUGUGUGUGUGUGUGUUCAUAGUGGAAGCUGGUUUCUCGGAGAUGAAACCGUUAACCAAGUAAGCUUCGGAAACGGAGAGCAGGGAAAGGAGGCCAGGAGGAAGCAGACAGGAAAUGCUACCAUCCUUUCAGGAAAGAAGUUUUUAAAAAGAUGGUGAUUGCAGCCAGCGAUGCUUUCCACAUAUACAAGACGCCACUUGCCCCAUCCUGAAGGGAGCUGGGUGCAGCGUCUUAGGUGCUUGACAAUCCUGCCCCCCCCCCACUGUAUUGACUGCCCAAACAAGCUGUAAAUGCAGGAGACGACUUACAUUAUUUUAUCUGAGGCAUUUCUAUCUUGCUCUCCAUUAAAACGCGCAAGACAAAAAAUAAAACCAGAUGCCUCGAGACAAUAACCAUGAACGGGUCCUGUGAGUGAGCAGCCUGCCUAUCUCCACCUGUGAACAAUUAACCGAAGGGUGGAAAAAAAAAACAUUUCUAAACCUAUUUGUCUUCAGCCCACAAAGGCAGGUUGGCUGUUGGGCAGACUUGCUCAAAACUGCUUGUGAAAACCAUCCCCGUAGGAAACCUCUCAUCAUAUCUCUUAGUGGCUUAGUCCUUCACGGUCAAGCCUCCCUCCAAAAAAUGAGUAUUGCGUGGAGGGCGAUAAGAGGACAGGACUCGGGAGGUAUAACAGCUCUGUCUAAACUGGAUUCCUCUCCCAGCUCCAUAGAAUAGAGUUGCAAGGGACCCCGAGGGUCAUCUAGACCAACCCCAUGCUUCUGUUACUGCCUUGUUGGAUUCCCAUUCCUUUUUCUCGAUUUCCCACUGAGCUCUUCCACCGCACUCCAACGCUCAUUUUUUCAGGCCCUCCGCCUCCUGAUUCCCUCCCACUUGAUCAGCACCACCUUGGCCAGGAUCUGGUGAGGCAUGAAGGAAAAACUUCCCAGUAAUCCUGGCUGGGAUUUCCUGCCUUAGUUAGCUGCAUAGGUGAGCCUUUUGGUGGGCCUUAUCUUGCAGUAGCUGGGCUGCAGUUGCCCAGAAUGUCUUAUUUAUUUAUUUAUUUAAGUUAUUUAAACAGUUGUGUUUAUCUGGUUGGGGAGAUUCUAAGGAGCUUCUUUCAGAAGAAUGCGAGCUGGAGAAGCGAGAAUAAUCCCCUUUGAAAUAAGGAGGCAUUGGUUUGAAACUGUUUGGGAGGAGGAAAUCGCUUGUGAGGGAUUUAAGAAGAGCUAUAAUUUAAGAAUUAUUAGUUGGGGCGGGUUAUGCCUCUAUAGUUCAAGCUGAUCUUUUUCCAGAUUUCCUUGGAAAGCAUUUCUUAAGUGAGAUUUUAAAAUAUUGUAUUUUUUUU